UACACGCCUCGGCCUCUUGGACACGCUUGUCCAUCGCCGCUGUUGUCCUGUUCCUCUGGCAUUACAACGCUCCCUUUUUUUUCCUUGCGCCUAUUCGCUCCUUACACUUAUAGGCAACAGCCCUUUCAUAAUGUAGCUUUCCUUUGCACCGCACACCCACGUACGACCUUCAUCUCACGAAGCCUCAGCCCUCCUAAUACACGCUCGCAAUGUCCCGCCGCAUCCGCCGCGCACCGCUCACCGAGCGGAUCGCCAACUACUUUGAUCCGCGCGAUUGGGCGCUAUGGCUCUCAGAAGAGCUGCAGACGAGCGACUGGGCACAAGUGCAGGGCAAGCCCACUUGGCUCAUUGGCCUGGGCAUAAACCUCCUCUUCAUGACUGCUCUCUCGAAUAGUAACGGCGGCUCCGCUUCGGACGACGACGUAUUUGGCGACUACACGGCCCGCAAUGGCAGUGGCUGGCUAGGCGCCUUUUGCAGACUCGCCGUAUUCUGGAUGUGCGUGGCCAGCUUGAUCAACACCUUUUAUGUGUUCGCAAGCACGCGAAAGUACAGACUUUUUGAACGAUCGCUGGAUGAGUUGCCAAAGACCCCAAGUGCGCGAAGGGUCAGGGUGGAUGAGAGUCCUCUUGCUGCAGCCGCGUCGCCUCUUAAGUACGUGAAGGACAAGCUGUCGUGGGGUAAUUCAGCCGAGCAGAGAGCACAUCCGGUGGAGACGAGGGACGUGGUAGAGCUGUCGGUGUGGGAUCCUCCACCAAUAUGUCUGCGACUGUUUACGCUGUUCAGUCCGGCGCACAUCAUAGUUUACUGGUCAUUCCUUCCUACCGCCCCAUCAGAUCCUAUGCCUAGUGUCACGGUGGCGAGAACGAUUUUGCUGGCCGCGUUGGUGACUGCGCAAGGCUUCGCAUUGGAGAAGUUCUUCAUGCAGCAAGUUCAGGAUAAACUCAUCCUGAGCAGGGAAGUGCUGAACGAGUACGACACCAAGUAUGUGCAUCCAACAAUCAAUCGACCGGCACGUGAUGUGGCCAUCCAAACGCCCCCGCGGCGAAGCAGGAAGAGCGAAGAGAGUGCAGAGCAUAAGGAAAUCGGCACAGAUCCUAUGCCGGACACUCCGGAAGUCCAAGUGUCCAGGGAGUACACGAUCAUCAAUCGCGGGUUCAAGACCAAUCCGAAUCCCGUGUAUGCAAGCCACUAUGACAAGGACAACUAUUUGGGUCUCCAGAGUGGCUCAGCAGUCUCUACACGCUCACACAAUGCACCCACCCCUGUGUUCCGCACACCAGCAACCCAUGGCUGGGCGUCAUCAUAUACAUCAACUGGUGCUACACAGACGAACUACGGGGAGGACAUGUCCUCGCCUCUCCGCGUACCUGAGACUCUGGCUCCAACUGGUUUUUCCUCCAUGCCGCGACAUCAACCGACCUACUCCCGAACGGGAGACGGAGGUAGCUUCGGCGUGUACACCAGCGCGGCAAGUCCGCUGAGAAAAGCGGCCAGUCACCAGAAUAUGCGGCCUGAAACCGCAGCCGAACAGCUGAGGAAGCGAGAGGGAAGUCCACUAAAAAGGAUGAGUUUGCCUGCCCAAGAAGAUCAGUUGAAGCAAGAGACUGGAACGGCCGCGCUGAACACCAGAUUAAGAGAUUUGAGAGGUGAAACUGGGCCAAAGGGCAGACGACAGAGCGGGCGAUUCUAAAUAAGCGGUAGGAAGAUCACAAUGUGAAUGAGGAGCGGAUGGGCCGAACAUCGUGGAGCAUUUAACAUAAUUCAAAGAUGAAUACAUGUGCUGUUCAUAAGUCUGUAACAUUUCCACAAUUCACUUCCUUCGAUCCUCGUUAUUU